AUCAGACAGGGUGUUUCCGAGCCCGACUCGUACGUGGAGUGGUAAAGUAGGACUAUUCAUUUAGAGUACAAAAAUGGCGAGAGCGUACGAUUUUCUGCACAAAAUAUUAUUGAUAGGAGACCCAGGAGUGGGGAAAACAAGUGUUUUAUUCAGAUAUACAGAAGACACUUUCAGUACAACGUUAAUUUCAUGCAUAGGUAUUGAUUUCAAGUUUAGGACGAUAGAAUUAGAUGGUAAAAAGAUCAAAGUACAGAUAUGGGACACAGCAGGCCAGGAGAGGUUCAAAGCGAUCAAUACCACGUACUACAGGGGGGCGCAGGGUAUCAUGGUACUGUACGACAUCACAAAUCAGAACUCAUUUGUCAACAUGAGGAAGUGGAUUAGGGAAAGUGAGGAGCAUGGUUCAGCAGAUGCAGAAAAGAUGAUCUUAGGAAACAAAUGUGACAUGGAUGAGACUAGAGCAGUUUCCCAGGAGAAAGGAGAACAGUUGGCAAAGGAGCUUGGUAUCAAGUUCUUCGAGACGAGUGCAAAGGUUGCCAUCAAUGUUGAAGAGGCUUUCAUGACUCUUGUCAGAGAUAUCAAGUCAAAGAUGGACAGGAAUAUGGAUGCCAAAGGUCAGCAAAAGCCAGAAGUAAUCAAAGUCACGAAGAAGAAUUCACAUAAGAAGAGUUGCUUGAACUUCUGUACCUAAAUGUGAUAUGCCUUUCUCCCUAACCCUAUGUGGCCAUGCAAACUCCCUGAAUCUGAAGAUGCAAACAAUGUAAAGAAGAGAGCCAAUGCACAAUUCAAGUAUGCUCUCCGUUUUAUAAAGAAUAAUGAGAAAGUUAUGCGGGCGGACUCUGUUGCUCGUAAAUUGCAGGGUAAAAGUUAUUAUGAGUUUUGGAAAGAAAUUAAAUGUGUUAAUAAUAGUAAAGCGCCUCUUCCAACUAAUAUUGAAGGUAUCUCUGGUGAUGAAAAAAUAAGUGAAUUGUUGUGUAAUCAUUAUAAGGAUUUGUUUAAUUGUGUACAGAGUACGGUGCAGGAUGUUACUAAUGUUGACUUUGAUGUAAAUAUGGUUAUCUCUCCAGAGGAGGUUAAAGAAGCUAUCAGAAAAUUAGACAGCAAUAAGUCAUGUGGUCUUUAUACUAUUACAGCUGAACAUCUAAAGUUUGCAAGCCCGAAACUCAUGCCGUUGCUUGCAAUGUGCAUUUCGGGCUUUUUGAUUCAUGGUAUCUUACCAGAUAGUAUGAUUUCCGUUGUUUUGGUGCCAGUCAUUAAAAAUAAAGCUGGUCGCAUUAAUAGUAAGGACAACUAUAGACCUAUAGCAUUGGCAAGUGUCCUGUCCAAAGUGCUGGAAAAGAUAUUGCUUGGUAGGUUAGAGAUGUAUAUUCUUACCAAAGAUAACCAGUUCGGUUUUAAAGCCAAACAUGGCACUGACAUGUGUAUAUUUGCUCUGAAGGAAAUCAUUGCGAGUUAUCGUAGCAAAAAUUCUUCCUUGUUUCUUUGUUUUCUUGAUGCUUCAAAAGCUUUUGAUCGGAUAAAUCAUGAAAAGCUGUUUACGAAAAUGGCUGAUAGAGGUAUUCCUAAGUACCUGAUUAGGAUACUCGUGUUUUGGUAUGCCCAUCAAACAAUGAUGGCUAGAUGGGGAAGUAGUGUCUCUGAACCAUUCCAUGUCAGUAAUGGUGUUAGACAAGGUGGUAUUCUUUCUCCCUUUCUCUUUAACCUGUACAUGGAUGGUCUAUCCGACAAUCUGAAUGCUUGUAAAAAAGGCUGUGUAGUUGGUGGUAUGGUAGUCAAUCAUUUAAUGUAUGCAGAUGAUCUCGUUAUUAUUAGCCCGUCAACUGCUGGGUUGCAGAGUCUGCUCAAGAUUUGUUCUCAUUAUGGAUAUGAUAAUGAUGUGAAAUAUAAUGCAAAAAAGAGUCAUGUUAUGAUAAUUAGAUGUAAGGAACACCGUAGAUUGGUAUUCCCGGAUUUUUAUUUGUGUGGAGCUAAACUCAAUGUCUGUACAGAGGCCAUGUAUUUCGGUCAUUUCUUGAGGAUCUCAGUGAUGAUAAAAAUAUUAGUAGACAGUGUCGUAAAUUAUAUGCUCAAGGUAAUAUGCUUGUUAGGAAAUUUCAUAUGUGUUCUCCGGAUGUGAAGGUGGCUUUAUUUAGGGCAUACUGUACACCUCUAUACACUGCGCAUCUGUGGUGUAAUUUUAAGAAGAGCAGUUUGUACAGGCUUACUGUUGCCUAUAAUGAUGCCAUGAGAAUGCUUCUUAGGGUACCUAGAUACUUUAGUGCUAGUCAAAUGUUUGCUGAGUUGAAUGUUCCAGCCUGUUCGGCUGUAUUACGAAAUCUUAUGUAUAAGUUCAUCCAGAGAGUGGAUGUGUUUGAGAAUGGUAUUUUAAAGAUGUUAGUGAACCCCUCGUAUAGUUGUCUUAGGUACACAUCGGGCCUCUGGAGAUUUUGGCUGAAUAGCCUGCUGACACAUGGCAAUUGACCAUUAUGUUCCUGUUACCAAGGAUUCCAGUAUCCUUGUUUGUUUGUUUUUUUAUAAUAGUUAUUUAUUAUAAGUUUAUCGUUCUGGUUAGUUGAACAGAGACAGAUUGUUACAAGAUACAACUUCAAUAGAUUGUUAUUGAUUGUUAUACAUGUACUUAUUUUAAUCUUACAGUUACAGGUACAGCUUAGAGUUAGUUUAUUAUGUUUUUUUUUUAUCAACCUUGCAGGUUACAUGUUACUCUUAGAGUUUAGAUUGUUUGUACGUACUGUAGACCUAGUAUAGUUUAGUUAUACUCUUUGUAUAGUUUUGUUGUUAUUAUACUCAUCAUGUUUAUACUCCCUAUAUAUCUAUGUAACAUAUGUUUUAUGGACCUCUGCCUUGUGUAGUUGAGUCUGAAAUAAAGUUCUGAAUUGAAU